AUGUUAUAUUUUGAGCGAAUUGUGAUAUUUUGUUCGGGUUUUGUUGAAUUGAUUCCACUUUCGUUUAUUCUGGGCUUUUAUGUCUCGUUCACAGCCACGCGUUGGUGGCAACAGUACACUGCCAUUCCAUGGCCUGACAACGAUGAGACGAGUCGCAUACUUAGACGCACACUAAUGCGAUACCUGAAUCUGACCCUGGUGCUCGUUCUGCGCUCCAUAAGCAUACCGGUAAAGCGCCGCUUCCCGACCAAAGACCAUCUGAUUGAGGCCGGCUUUAUGACCAAACCCGAGCUCGAGAUGUACUCAUCGGUGCCUUCCCAUGAAUUUAACACGUUUUGGAUUCCCUGCACGUGGUUUGUGAACCUCUUAAGGCAGGCCAAGUCCGAGUGCCGCAUCACUGACUCGGGUGGAUUGAAACUCAUCAUGGAGGAAUUCAAUGAUUUCCGAUCCAAAUGUGGUUUACUUUGGAGUUACGAUUGGGUCAGUAUUCCAUUGGUUUACACACAAGUAGUGACUCUGUCAACUCAGGCCUUUUUCUUGGCCUCACUAUUGGGUCGGCAACACAUCGUACCCGCGGAAGGAAACAAGAUUCUGGUGCACCCGUACGGAGAAUACUACUUUCCCAUAUUCACCUUGCUACAAUUCAUACUCUAUAUGGGUUUGCUUAAGUUAGGCGAACAACUGAUCAAUCCGUUUGGCGACGACGACGAGGACUUUGAGCUAAACUGGAUUAUCGACCGACACGUGAAGGUGUCGUUUCUGGGCGUCGAUAUACUGAACGCGGAUCCGCCGCCACUCAUGAAAGACCAAUACUUUGACGAAAUGGAUAUUAAGCUCCCGUACACUGAGGCGGCCGUCGCCCACAAAGUGAAGACAUACCGCGGAUCAGUGGCCGCAUACAACUCACCCUUGGGUUCACUCCCCUAUAGUGUGCCGAUGGAAAAGCACGCUCUGGUCAUCCCUGAGUUCGAAGACGAACAAAACAACAACUCAGAUGACGACAACUCGACGGUUCAAAGCAGUCAUAAGAGCACUCAUAAGAGCUCCGUUUGGACGGUGUUUCACAAGAAGCCGCCAAAACUGAACGAAAGCCAAAGCAUACCGUCGCUCGACUCGGAGACAAUGGUCGAGUCGGGUAUAAACCCGCUGUGGCAGAGCUCCCAGGGCUCAGUCGACACACAACAGACAGACAUGACUACAGUCACCACCGGAUACGGAAUCGCUGAUCGGAGCUCUCAAGGUCGUUUGAAGUGCCAAAAGCCAAGGAAUUCAUUGUCACUAUACCAUUCAGUCACCACCGGAUACGGAAUCGCUGAUCGGAGCUCUCAAGGCAAAUGA